AUGGCUUCUCCCAUCCGUGCUGCUGCUAUUAACUGGUCCAAGUUGAGCGUCAGUCUUCCUCAAGAAACUGUCGCCUCUCUUCAAGCUUUCCGUAAGCGUAACGACGAAGUUAAGCGUGUCCUUGCCGAACUCAAGGAACAAACCACCUCUGUUGAUUUUGCUCACUACCGCAAGGUCUUGAAGAACCAAGAUGUUGUUCAACAAGCCGAGAAGGCCGUUAGCGGUUUCAAGCCCGUUGCUUACAACUUGGAUGCUCAGUUGAAUGCCAUCAACCAAUUCGAAGCCAAGGCUGUUUCCAAGGCUCAAAAGACCGUUCAACAAAUCGAACACGAACUCAAGGAUCUUCAUGCCACCCUCAGCAACAUUGAAGGUUCUCGUCCUAUCGAACAACUCACCGUUGACGAUAUUGUUGUUGCCAAGCCCGAAAUCACCAAGAACAUUGAAGAGAGCCUCCAAAAGGGUCAAUUCUCUGUUCCCGGUUACAAGGAGAAGUUUGGAGAUAUCUCUUACUUUUAA